AUGUCUUUGAUACUCUUCCAUGAUCCUUGGGGACUGUGCGACAUGGAUUUCGGGGGCCUCGAUCUCGAGGAGGAACGCCGCGAACGAGACAGGCGCUACCGUAUCGCGAAAGCUCUCCAGAAUCCAUGGAGAGCGAUACCGCACGGUCCGCAUCAGCACCUGCAGGGUGAUCACGACCUAUCUUGCAAACACUUCCACAUCGCCAGCAUUUGCGGCAUCCACUUCUGGUUCGACCUCUGCCAGUACGUCUUCUACCGUGACGCCGAUGGCUUGUGGAAAUGGGCAAGGCCGAAAAAAGUGCUCGCCCGACCAACUACUUGCCACCGAUGUGAUCUCGCUGAACGCACUGCACGAAUGAACGGCGAGGACUGGGUCCGUGGAAGCCCGUCCGCGGAGAAGCUCAUGGAGCACAUAGACAAGGAGUUAGACGACUUAUGUGAGGACAGAAACGCAGAGGAGCAGGGUGAGGAUGGGGAUGAGGACGGGGACGAGGACGAAGAAGGGGACGAGGAGUACGACGAGGAGUAA